AUGGCGAUGAUGAUGACUGGCCGUGUGCUGCUGGUGUGUGCCCUCUGCGUGCUGUGGUGCGGUGCCGACGGUUUGGCUGAGGAGGGGUCAGGUACAACUCCGCCUGGUGCUUCUUCGAGUGACGGUGAACGAUUGCAGGAAACACCACCAGUUGUGCCGGGAGUUUCAAAAAACUCAGUCUUAAAAGCACCUGAGGCUAAAGACAAAAAAGGAGAACUAGAUAAAGAAAUACUUUUGAAGGAAGAAGAAGCAGGUUCUGAUGAAGAGGAUCAGGAUGAAGAUGAGGAUGAAGGAAUAACUCCAUCAGGAGAAGAAGAAAUUCCACCACCACCACCAGGAGGAGGAGGAGGACAAUCACAAGCCGCUGAUGAAAAACUGGAAAAUGUAAAUGAAAGUGGACCGAAACCUGAAAAUCAACGCCAAGUCGAAAGUGGAACACAAAACCUGUCAGAAAAAGAAACAGUUGGUGCUGGUGAAGCGGCAGUAACCAAACAAAAAGAAGGAAGUGGACCACAGCCGCAAGAUAACCCACAUCCAGUCCAAGAAGAGGAUACAAAAAGUGGAGAAGGACAUGAACUGACGCAGGAAAAAGAACAACAAACAAAUGUUGAAGACAUGCCACCACGUAAUUCUGCAGGAGAUCAUUCUUCGGGAGAACACAACGGCAGUGAUGGUUCUAAUGAAAAAGAAAAAGAAGGGGAGGAAGGUGUUGAGGGUCAUGAAAGACAUCGGGCUCAGGAGAGAGAAGAGGCUGCACAUGUCUCAGGUGCCCCGAAAGUAAACUCCACUGAUAUUCAGCAGGAAGUCCAACGCACACAUGCAGGAGAAACUCCGACAGGAAUCAAACAAAGAGCUGGGGAAGAAAAGGAUGAUGAAACAGAAGAGGAACGAGAGAAACAAAAUCAAGAGGAUCCUCCAGGCAAAGAACAAGAAACCAUAACUGGUGCAAACGCUACUAAUCAAAUAAACACAACACCUGGCGACAGUGACGGCAGCACCGCGGUCUCCCACACCACCUCCCCUCUUUUGCUUCUUCUUGUUGUUGCGUGUGCGGCUGCUGCUGCGGUGGUGACCGCGUGA